UAAAAAUGGGUUUGCACUUGCAAAGUUGCAAACUACAGAAGCAGAGCACUGAAGAGAGUUCUCCCGCGCCGCCGUAGAGCCCUAGCCUGAGCCACCGCAGCGGUCGACCCUGGCAGCCUCACGCCGUCGCAGUCGCAGUGUAGGUAUCCCUCUUCUAAUGAGCAAAGAUGCUGCGAAGACAUGUUCAAACUGUUGGUAAUCUCCUUGAGAGAGUUGUACAAGAUCAUGUUGUGCAGCUCAGAGGUAAAAAUCCACAUAUCUGUCUUUGGUACUCUACUGUGUCUACUUGCAAUGAGCUGCCGAGAAAGCUCAACAAGUCUGAGAGAAAACCACCAGUGACAAGUUUUAAUGAACUUAAGCGCGAAGCUAGACUGAAGAAAAAGGAGAGACAAAAGGUGCAUGAGGUUAUACUACAACCUCCUGAAAAUGGCUUGUUGGUUGAGCAUUUAGUUCCGGUUGCUCAUGAAGUUUAUGCUGCCAGAUGUGAACUAUUAUCUAGUGUUUCAAGACUUGUCAACUACACUGCUAUUUAUACAUGCAGCUUAUGUGGAGAAGUUCAUGUUGGUCAUCCUCCGCAUAAAAUUAAAACAUGUGAUGUUAGAGGAAGCCCAUCAAGCAAGGAACAUACUUGGGUCAAAGGUGGUGUCGACCAUGUUCUUCCACUGGUAGAGUCAUUUCAUCUGUAUGAUAGAAUAGGAAGGGCUGUUUCACAUAAUGAAAUGCUUGAAGUGGACCGAAUUCCAGCAAUUGUUGAAUUGUGCAUCCAAGCAGGUUUUGACAUACCUGAGUAUCCUACCAGGAGAAGGUCCUUCCCUGUUUACUGUGUUGCUGGUAGGAUUAUUGAUUUUGAGAAACGAUUUCCAAAAGAAAUUUCUCUUGGUGAAGAUAUAGAGGCACAUGGGUUUUGGUAUAAGAAGAAAAGAUCAGAUGAUUCUGUGGCAAUGCAAUCUGAUGAUGUCCAAGCUAUUGCUGUUCAAGGGAUGAAAGCCUGGGAAAAAAUGCGCACAGGAGCUUCAAAACUUAUGGAGAAAUAUGCUGUCCAAACUUGUGGAUAUUGUCCAGAGGUACAAGUGGGACCCAAAGGUCAUAGAGUACGAAAUUGUCAAGCUUUCAAACACCAGAUGAGGGAUGGGCAGCAUGCAUGGCAAGAGGCAACAAUUGAUGAUUUGGCACCUCCGGUAUAUGUCUAUCACAUUCGAGAUCGGCAACCUUGGAAGCCUUUGGUAAAUGAGUUGAAAAGGUACUAUGGUAUGCUUCCUGCAGUGGUUGAGCUAUUUUCCCAGGCUGGGGCACCAGUUGAAAAGGGUUAUGCAUGUAUGAUGAGGGAAGAUAUUGUAGUCCCUGAAUUGGAUGAGGAAAAGUGGGUUGUUUAAAGCCAUGAGUUCGUAUGCAUGAAGGAAUCAUUUGGUCACUGGAAGAGUCUGAAUAUGAAAACUUAAGCUUUAAUUCCUUUCAAACUUGUCUAAUGUGGAUAAUUAGGGAAGUAAUAGGAUGAAAAUAAGAACAUUGGACUAAACUAUAUUGUGCUCCGCUGGCAAAUCAAGGUUGCAGUCUGGAUCAUAUAGACCAUAUAUGCUUUUGGCACCCACUGCAGGUCAAGAAACUUGGAUUUCUUGAUUGGAUUCCUUCGCAAACAGCUCUUCAUCCUGUCACCAAUCUCUUUCUUCCCUUUAGUCAGUUUAUAGCCCACUCUGUUUUUAUGCAAUAUUUUGCAAUAUAAUUUUCUGCUACUUAAAUCAAAGAAAAUCUUAAUCCACAGGAUUAGUUUAGCAUUUUUGUGGUAUACAAAAGACAGAGAUAGUUGACAGUGUACUGGAUAAGGAGGAAAAGUUGUCUUUCUUGCCAAAUAUAUUAUGAAGAGGAAGAAAACAUGAGGGGAACUUCAAAGAUGGGAAAUAACCGUAAAUUAAUUCCAGAGCUCCAGAGCCAUAAGAUUUGCAGAAAAGGUAUAUCCUCUAUAUUUUUUUUGAAAAUUUUUCUUGUUUGCUGGAAAUGUCUUGGUUGUGUGGAGUGGAUGAUUGUUAUACAUUUUGUUUCUGAAUUAUUUCCCUGAAAUUGCUAUCACACCAAUAUCAAACAGGACAUAUCCAUCAAGAAAGGAACUCUACUAAGAAAUACUCUACCCAAACAGAACCUCACCAUUGAGCCAUCUUCAAAUCCCCUGUUCCAUUGAACCAUAACAGUCACAUGGCUUUCAUGCCUCUGUUUCACUAUCAUAUUGGGUUUACCUAAACAGUGAGUGUAUACUGCUUUCUUCAUAUUAUUUUUAUUCAAUAUUUUGUGUUCAACUAUAGUUUAAUUUGGGGUCUUUUCACUUUAAGGUUCCUAUCUUUCUAUUCAUUGAUGUUUUGCCUUUUCUUUGAACUGUAUGAUGUAUCUGUUUGCACAAGAUCUGGGGAGGAUGAGAAUCCUCAAAAAGAUAGCAAGUGUUGGCAAUUUGUACUGGUGAUUUUUACCAUAUAUCAAACUUCCUUGUCUAGUAAAAGACAUGAUGUCUAGCCUUGAAUUUA